AUGACAAUUGCUGAUAUCGGUCUCAUUGGAUUGGCUGUGAUGGGCCAAAACUUAAUCUUGAACAUGAAUGAUCAUGGCUUCACUGUUUGCGCAUACAACCGUACUCAUGAAAAGGUGGAUCACUUUUUGGCAAACGAAGCUAAAGGUACCAAGGUUGUUGGUGCUCAUUCCAUUCAAGAGCUUUGCUCCAAGUUGAAGCGCCCCAGAAAAGUCAUGAUGUUGGUCAAGGCUGGUGCUCCUGUUGAUUCCUUCAUCGAACAAUUAUUACCCUACUUGGAGAAGGGCGAUGUUAUCAUUGAUGGUGGUAACUCUCAUUUCCCCGAUUCCAUUCGUCGUGCCAAAGAGUUGGAAGAAAAGGGUAUUCUCUUUGUUGGCUCUGGUGUCUCUGGCGGCGAGGAAGGUGCUCGUUAUGGCCCUUCCUUGAUGCCUGGCGGUAAUCCCGCUGCUUGGCCCAUCAUUAAGCCCAUCUUCCAAGCUAUUGCUGCCAAAGCGCCUGACGGUGCUCCAUGUUGUGAUUGGGUUGGUGAAUCUGGUGCUGGCCAUUAUGUGAAGAUGGUACACAACGGUAUUGAGUAUGGUGAUAUGCAGUUGAUUUGCGAAAUCUAUCAAGUCAUGAAGGAAGGUCUCGGUCUUUCUGAAGAUGAAAUGGCCAAUGUAUUUGAUGAAUGGAAUAAGGGUAAACUCGAUUCUUUCUUGAUUGAGAUCACUCGCGACAUCCUUCGUUUCAAGGACACCGAUGGCAAGCCUCUUGUUGAAAAGAUUCUUGAUACUGCCGGCCAAAAAGGUACUGGUAAAUGGACCGGUAUCGACUCGCUUGACCGUGGUAUCCCUGUUACCUUGAUUGGUGAAGCUGUCUAUUCUCGUUGCCUCUCUGCUCUCAAGGGCGAGCGUACGCGUGCUUCCAAGAUCUUGAGUGGUCCCAAGAAGGGCAAUUUCACUGGCGACAAGACCAAAUUCCUUCAUGCCCUCGGUGAAGCUCUUUAUGCCGCCAAGAUUGUUUCAUAUGCUCAAGGUUUCAUGUUGAUGCGCCAAGCUGGUAAGGAUUACAACUGGAACUUGAACUUUGCCGGUAUUGCUUUGAUGUGGCGUGGAGGCUGUAUCAUUCGUUCAGUCUUUUUGGGCAAGAUCAAGGAUGCUUACACAAAUGACAAGAGCCUUGAAAACUUGCUGUUUGAUCCCUUCUUCCAAGAAGCUACUUCUACUGCCCAAAGUGCAUGGAGAGAAGUCAUUGCGUUUGCUGUGGGUCAAGGUAUUCCUACACCAGCUCUCUCCACUGCCUUGAACUUUUAUGAUGGUCUACGCCAUGAAAUGCUCCCUGCCAACCUUCUCCAAGCUCAACGUGAUUACUUCGGUGCUCACACUUAUGAACUCUUAUCCAGUCCUGGUAAACAUGUCCAUACUAACUGGACUGGUAAGGGUGGCACUGUAUCUGCUUCUACUUAUGAUGCUUAA